UUUUUGGGUUAUUGAUUCGAUGCAAUCGCAAGCUGUAUGGAACGCAAAUGCGCUCUCUCGCUCUUCUUCUCCACUUCUCUCUCCGCAGGCCGAAUCUGUGAGCCCUGAUUGCGAAAAUCUACACCCUACAUUUGAUUUACUUUCAUUUCCAACUUCAUUAACUUAAUUGUUGUUUCGUAUCUGCGGCUUCUUUAAUUGAUGAUUAUCAGUUCUGAAGGCGCAUUUUCAGCUUUGUUUUAAGUGGUAGAUGCGAUUUUUAAUCAAGUACUCAAAUUAUUGGUUUCUGCCUUAGUUCUUGGACUUUGACUUGACCGAUUCUUUUUGGCACAAUGGGAACCUCACUUCGAAGUGGGGUUUUCAAGAAGUCAAAUGAUGGUGCACGGCUCCUCAUAACAACCAUCAUGGGAAUGGUAUUUGGAUAUUUUAUAGGAAUUUCAUUUCCUUCUGUUUCUUUAAGUAAGAUUAAUCUACAUUCAAGUAUAAUAUCGUCUCUUGAUUCGGCCUUUAAUGACAAUGAUCAUAGUGGUAGUCGUAGUUUUCCAGAAAAUCUUGGUUCAGGUAGUACUCCUAUGACACCCAAGAUAUAUGUUCCUACCAAUCCUCGUGGCGCAGAGUCUUUACCUCCUGGAAUUAUAGUCUCAGAAUCAGAUUUUUAUCUGAGGCGUUUAUGGGGUGAUCCUAGUGAGGAUUUGAAAAAGAAGCCGAAGUACCUAGUAACAUUUACAGUUGGUUUUGAUCAGCAGAGAAAUAUUAAUGAAGCCGUGAAAAAGUUCUCUGAGGAUUUUCAGAUAAUGCUUUUUCAUUAUGAUGGGCGGACAAGUGAAUGGGAUCAAUUUGAGUGGUCACAGCGUGCUGUGCAUGUCAGUGUUAGAAAACAAACAAAAUGGUGGUAUGCAAAGAGAUUUCUCCAUCCAGAUGUUGUAGCAGCUUAUGAUUACAUUUUCAUUUGGGAUGAAGAUCUUGGAGUCGAACACUUUAAUGCGGAGAAGUAUAUUGAAUUGGUUAAGAAGCAUGGGUUAGAGAUUUCCCAACCUGGCCUUGAACCCAACCAUGGACUGACUUGGCAAAUGACGAAGAGGCGAGGUGACAGAGAAGUUCACAAGAAUACAGAGGAGAAACCAGGCUGGUGUAGUGAUCCUAAUUUGCCUCCAUGUGCAGCAUUUGUGGAAAUAAUGGCUCCAGUAUUUUCUCGUCAAGCUUGGAAAUGUGUAUGGCAUAUGAUUCAGAAUGAUUUGGUUCACGGAUGGGGAUUGGAUUUUGCUUUGAGAAGAUGUGUGGAUCCACCACAUGAAAAAAUUGGUGUUGUAGAUUCCCAGUGGAUUGUGCAUCAAGUGAUUCCUUCACUUGGAAAUCAGGGUGAAUCAGACAGUGGAAAAGCCGGAUGGAAAGGGGUACGAGAGCGAUGCAAAUAUGAGUGGGGGCUUUUCCAGGAUCGCCUGGCGAAUGCAGACAAGUCGUAUUUUUCACAAAUUGACGGCAAGCAUCUUUGAAGCAUGCUUUGCCGGAUCUGACACAGAUCUAUCGUGUCUGUUUGUCUGUAUAUUGCUGAGAUAUUUUUUGCUUCAUCAUCUCCGCAGAGCAGCCCCUGCCCGAUCCUUCUAUGUGAUGUCUGUAUAUAUAGCUGUGUGACGGCCAUAGGUACGCGACUCCUUUGCUUGUGCAUAAGUAGUAGAUAUAUAUACAUAUAUAUAGAGAAGGUUGUUUCGGUUUUAUCGCCAUCGCCAUCGAUGAAUAUUAUUGCUA